ACAAAAAACCAUAAACAGAGGAAGCAGCUCUCAUUUCGUUUUCACCUCUCUCUCUCUCUCUCUCUCUCUAGAAAUUUCUAGGUUUUUCGCAGGCGAACGGGAACAGGUAGCGCCGGAAAAUAGAGUUUCCGGCGGCCGAUCGUCUCGGAAUUGAGGAUACCAGCAGCAGCAUCAUGACGUUCUCGUGCCGUUGCUUAUCUCGGGAACCCUAACCGCAUUUCCAGAGAAAAUCCUACGCAAAAGCGACUUUUACCUGGCAGAGUUUUGAAGUUAUUCCAUACUUUGUUUGGCAAAUUGGAGGCAGAAGAAAUAUAUAAUAUUGGAUAUUAAAAGUUGCGAGAAGAUGCUGUGGAGUUGUCAGUGAAGGUGUUUGAUCGAUGUAUCGGCAUUAGAACCCUCUGCCUUUUGCUUUCGGGGUUUGAAUUUUGUAAUUUCGGUUUUUUUUUUAAAUGUAAAAUUUUAACUCUUUGUUCUCGGAUUUUGAACUUGAUUGCGGAGAGAAAAUUGAUUAGUAUAAUAGGUAGAGAAUUAGGAUUAAUUUUUUUGAUUAAGCUUGAGAGGAAGCUUUAACCUUGUGGAAAUGGAGGGACCAUGUGAAGACGAUCGGAGGUUCUGAUUUCUUUUUUCUCGUGAACUUGAUCACGCCGGUCAUGCCUUUUUCAAUGAAAAUCCAACCGAUCGAUUUUCGCACGAGUCCUGAAGACCUGACUCGGUUCGAGGCGGUCAAGCCGGUGGUGGCGAAGUCCCGGCUCAAGCGGCUCUUCGAGCGGCCGUUUACGAACGUACUGAAAAACUCUGCAGCGGCAGAGAAGGCCGGCCUCGGAAGCGAGGAGCCGCAUUUCAACAAGGAAGGCGUCGUCGGAGGCGGCAGCGGAGGAUCGGCCGAGUUCGAGCCGAGUUCGAUGUGCUUGACGAAGAUGGUCCAGAAUUUCAUCGAGGACAGCACCGAGAAGCAAUCAUCGGCUGUGGCGCGGUGCAGUCGGAACCGCUGCAACUGCUUCAACGGCAACGACAGUUCGGACGACGAAUCGGAGCUGUUUGGCGGUUUUGGCGACUCCAACGUGGCAUCCUCUGCCGAAGCAUGCGAGCUUCUCAAGGGUUUGGUUUCGUGCCAGAGCGUGAGCGAGAGGAACUUGCUAGCCGACGCGGUGAAGAUCGUUGAGAAAAACAAGGCCUGCUGCAAGCGGAAAGACGACACCUGCAGAACGGUCGUUUCUGAUAGUCUGUUAGCUCUCGGAUACGACGCGUCGGUUUGCAAAUCUCGUUGGGAAAAAGCUCCUUCCUAUCCCGCCGGAGAAUAUGAUUACGUUGACGUGAUCGUCAAAGGAGAGAGACUGCUGAUCGACGUCGAUUUCAGAUCGGAAUUCGAGAUCGCACGGCCGUCGAAGAGCUACAAGGCGAUUCUCCAGACGCUUCCGUACAUCUUCGUCGGGAAACCCGACCUGCUGUGGCGGAUCAUCGUGGUGGUGUCGGAGGCGGCUAAGCAAAGCUUGAAAAAGAAGGGGAUGCACGUUCCGCCGUGGAGGAAAGCGGAGUACAUCAAGGCCAAGUGGCUGUCUCCUCACAGUCGAGCCACGCCGGCGCCUUCCGAUUCGACUCAGGCUCCGGUGGCUGGCGAGUUGGGACAGAGUCAGGGCGAGAACUCGCGGGAGGAUGAUGAGUUGGGCUGCGAGUCGGUGUUUGAGAUGUCGGCGAGUUCUGGUGAGGAGGAAAAUGCGGUGCUAGUGAAGGAAUGGAAGCCGCCGGAGCUGAAGCCCAAGAGAUCGUCAGUGACCGGAUUAAAGAUCGUGACUGGUUUGGCUUCCGUCAUGGAAGAUGAGCAGUAAAAUUUUGAUAAUUUUUGGAUUUUUCUUGUACUUUUACUUUUGACUGUUAGGUUAAGUGAAAUAUCGUAUAUGACCCUAUAAUGGUAGAGCAUAACAACCGUUUGAUCCCUUCCACGUUUUUGAUGUAAGGGUCGGAUGUACUAAUAGCAAUAAAAUAAUAUUUUUACUAAA